UUAGUGUACACACUCUUCAAUUUUGCUCUGUUCUUCUCUCAGAUUGAUUGAUUAUAUACAUAUAUAGAUAUAUAUACAGAGAGAGAGAGAGAGAUUGGGAGAACAAAACGAGGAUAUGAUGAUGAGCAACAACGUUAACCAUAACAACAAUGGUGUUCAUCAUCAUCAAAGCUUCGGCGAUACAACGUUGACGAAGGUGUUUGUGGGAGGGCUAGCAUGGGAGACGCCAUUGGAGGCCAUGAGAGAGCACUUCGAAAAGUACGGCGAGAUCUUGGAGGCCGUAAUCAUCUCCGACAAGCUCACCGGCAGAUCCAAGGGCUACGGUUUUGUCACUUUUAAGGAUGCCGAGUCCGCCCGGAAAGCUUGCGCCGAUCCGUCGCCGCUCAUCAACGGCCGCCGUGCCAACUGCAACUUGGCUUCUCUCGGCGCCCGCCGCCCCNCCCCGCCUCCACAAGGGCACAACACUGGAGCAAGAGCUACCUCGACGCCACCAACAAAUUACGUGCAAUGGUACUAUCCACCAGGAGCGCCGCCGCAGGCGGCGGCUGGUUCUCCGUUCCAUCACCGGCGCCACCUGAAUCACCAAGCUGUUCCUUUCUAUAGGUAUUCUCCUGCGUACAUUCCGUCAAACGUAAACUACAAUCAUAAGGUAAACUACGGUGGGGCCAACAUGAACGGGCAUUACUCUCAAUUGUAUCCAGGUCAGCCUGUUAUUGGUGCAAAUUUGAUGCUGCCAGUGUAUCCUUUCUAUCACUUUCAUGGUCCGGCAGUGGGCCUUCAGGCCCAUAUGUAUCCAUCCGCUACUGUCGGCCCAAUAGCUACAGAUCCGGCCCUAUUGAUGAAGCCCAAAUCAGUUGCCCCUCAAGCAGUUGGGUGUUGAACAGAAACAGCUGGCACAGGAGAAGUUCUGAAGGGGGUGGCAAAGGCUAAAAGCAAUUAGUUGUGGGGUGCAAAAUGCAAAUAAGAAAAGGUCGAGAAGAAGAUGAUGGCUGCUUAGAAAAUGACAAUUAUUAUUAUUAUUGUAAAGAAAAUGAUUAUUAUUAUUUAUAUUAAUUUAUAUUAUUAUUGUUAUUAGGGAGCUAAUUACUUUAUAUAUUCAUUCAUUCUCCUCUCCAGUGUCUAACAUGCACCUCAGCCUCUGCACCUAUCCUCAGGCUGGAGUGAUUGUAAUGUAACCCCAACAAAUGAAAUUUAUAUAUUAUAAUAUGUUAUAACUCUAUUGUUAAUGCAAAAUAUUUAUAUUUUGAAUAA